GCCGAGGCCCCUCUUGCUGGCUGGCGGGCGGGCGCGGGAGGGAGGGAGGAAAGGAGGGCCGGCUUGCGCGCGCGCGCGGGAUGCGCAGCCAAUCCGCGCCGGCGCUGCCCGCGAGCCGGACGGGCUGGAGAGUUCGGGGUGACCCGAAUUAGUAGCUACCCAGCUCGGGGUGUGUGUGUGUGUGUGGCUGGCGCUUGUACCCCCCCUUCCUCCUCCCCCCCCUUUCCUUACAUUUAAAGCAAGAGGGGGAGGGAGCGCAGCGCGGCAGGCAGAGUCUCCGCGGGGCCGCUGCCCGCCUGAGCCUCGCGCGGGGCCCGGCGCUGGGCCACGGGGAGCGGGCGACCCCGCCUGCAGACGCGGCUGCUGCUGCUGCUGUGCGCGCGCGCGCCAUUGUCCGCCCCGCGGGCGCCGCCGCCGCCGCCGCGGAAGAUGGCCAAGGUGCAGGUGAACAACGUGGUGGUGCUGGACAACCCCUCGCCCUUCUACAACCCCUUCCAGUUCGAGAUCACCUUCGAGUGCAUCGAGGACCUCUCCGAAGAUCUGGAAUGGAAAAUCAUUUAUGUAGGCUCAGCAGAAAGUGAGGAGUAUGAUCAAGUUCUAGAUUCUGUGUUGGUGGGCCCCGUUCCUGCAGGAAGACAUAUGUUUGUGUUUCAGGCAGAUGCUCCCAACCCAGGACUUAUACCCGACGCAGACGCGGUAGGAGUAACAGUCGUUCUAAUCACCUGCACCUACAGAGGUCAAGAAUUUAUUAGAGUUGGCUAUUACGUAAACAACGAAUAUACUGAAACAGAACUGAGAGAAAAUCCUCCCGUAAAGCCAGACUUUUCUAAGCUGCAAAGGAAUAUUUUGGCGUCAAACCCUCGGGUCACGCGAUUUCACAUUAACUGGGAGGACAACGCUGAAAAACUGACAGACGCAGAAAGCAGCAACCCAAACCUUCAGACACUCCUUUCCACAGACGCGCUGCCUUCUGCUUCAAAAGGGUGGUCGACGUCGGAAAAUUCACUUAACGUUAUGUUAGAGUCGCAUAUGGACUGCGUGUGACUGGCUAACCCCCCUUCAGUGGUGCUCCGUAUGUGCUGAGCGGUCAAAGAACACCCAUCACCAGACCUUCUUUCCCGGGAAGUACCUAUUCACCAAAAUGCGAAGAAUUGGUUUAAAAUUUUAAAAAAUAAAAAUCCCCCCCCCUUCUGUAGAAAGUUUAUAAGAGAAGUAUUUGAGUGGCUGUAUAAUAAAACUAUUUUUAAGUAA